AUCCCGGUAACAGUCUUAGCGUGCUGUAGUGGUCUGAGCGCAGCUCACAGGCAGACGGCAUGACCACAGUGUGCUGGAGCAGCCCACAGCCUCUCAUGUAGCCCACCGCUGCGAUCGCAAACUCACACACACAUGCACUUACACACCAAGACACGCUCAGUUGCUCUUCAGGGACACUAAGAGAUUACCAGGUCAAAGAAGAUUUGACUUUUGAAUUUUUUGGUAUUUUUUUAUUUGAUUUCUUCUUUUUUUUUUUUUUUGUACUGUUACCACCCGCCCUUUGCCGGGUUCAGGGGUGGUGGCACAUCCUCUAAAGGGCUGCAUGAAUGACACAACGCAAAGGCGAGAAGACGACCAUCAGCAUCCAGGAGCACAUGGCCAUUGAUGUAUGUCCAGGUCCCAUUCAGCCCAUCAAGCAGAUAUCUGACUAUUUCCCCCGUUACCCACGGGGUCUCCCCCCCACAGCUCCCCCAGCCCUCAGCCGUGCCGGCUCCCUGCAGAGCACCUCUACCAGCCAGAAGUCGGAGGGCCCGGCCGCGGACCCCAAUCGGGAUGAGGACGACCUGGACCAAGCCUUCGGUGCCACCGCACUCGUGGCCAGCAAGAAAGAGGAAGAGCCAGACGUGGAAGGCUACGAUUCGGACGACUCCACUACGCUCGGCACUCUGGACUUCAGCCUUCUGUAUGAUCAGGAGAACAAUGCCCUGCACUGCACUAUCAACAAAGCCAAGCUCCCUAUACCCAGAUACAAAAAGGGACUCAAACCAAUGGAUCACAAUGGGCUGUCAGAUCCCUAUGUUAAGCUGCACCUGCUGCCUGGAGCUAGUAAGGCCAAUAAGCUCCGCACAAAGACCCUACGCAACACUCUCAACCCUGUCUGGAGUGAGACCCUAACAUAUUAUGGGAUAACUGAUGAAGAUAUGGUUCGCAAAACACUCAGGAUUUCAGUGUGUGACGAGGACAAAUUCCGCCACAACGAAUUCAUUGGUGAAACCCGAAUCCCCUUGAAGAAACUCAAACCCAACCAGACUAAGAACUUCAGCAACUGUUUGGAGAAACAACUUCCUAUCGACAAGACAGAUGACAAGUCUCUGGAGGAGCGAGGGCGCAUCAUGAUCUCUCUGAAGUACAGCUCUCAGAAGUGUGGCUUAGUGGUGGGCAUCAUCCGCUGUGCCCAUCUCGCUGCCAUGGAUGCCAAUGGCUUCUCUGACCCCUAUGUUAAAACGUAUCUCAAGCCAGAUGAGAACAAAAAAUCAAAGCACAAGACAGCUGUCAAAAAGAAGACCCUCAACCCCGAAUUCAAUGAAGAGUUUUUCUAUGAGAUCAAGUAUGCUGACCUCAGCAAAAAGACCCUGGAGGUGACCGUUUGGGACUAUGACAUUGGCAAAUCCAAUGAUUUCAUUGGUGGAGUCUCUUUAGGUAUAAAUGCCAAUGGCGAGAGGCUAAAACACUGGUUUGACUGUCUGAAAAACAAGGACAAGAAAAUCGAGCGCUGGCACACGUUAACCAAUGAACUCCCUGGUUCAGGGUACAAUGACUGAGAGGCUCUCUUUCCAGUGGAUGCCCCGAUGCCUGCCCCUUUCCUACAUGAUGUCCAUGUAAAGCCCAGCAGCCUGUGAUGGAUGGAUCAACAGUCCACUGAUUUAGAGAUGGGUGCCAGUAUCUUUUCCCACACAACACACCUGCUCUAUCUCUUGUACUUUUUCUGGUGUUGAGCUUGCAGUCUGAUUGUGUGGCUUGAUGUGGCUUUUGGGCUUAUAUUAGGGUCUUUAAUCAGCCUGUGCUUGUAUAGCCUCAUUGAAAAUGGAGAGAUGUUGUUCCGACAGCCAACAAGAGAUCAGUUCCUGUUUUCAAAUAUUUAACCACACUCUACUGCUCUUUCUCCAUUCUCUUGAGGUUUUC